UAUAUGUUUGUGGACAUGUUGGUUUGUGUAGGACUUGUGCAGCUGCUCAUGGAUGGGGAGGAUAUGGAAGACUUACUGAAGCUGUCCCCAGAGGAACUGUUACUGCGCUGGGUCAACUAUCACCUGGAGAAGGCAGGGCACAACAAGAGGAUCACCAACUUUGGACCUGACAUUAAGACUUGUAGAGCUUCUAAUAUACUGUAUCUUUUUCUUUGCGACAUAGGACUGGAGGAGACACGUGAAGAGAAGACAUUCCGUAACUGGAUGAACAGUUUAGGGGUCAGCCCAUAUGUCAAUCAUCUCUACAAUGACAUGAUGGACGGUCUCAUCCUGUUCCAGACAUACGACAAGGUAAAGCCGGGAGUUGUUGACUGGGGCAGGGUCAACAAGAAGUUCAAAGCUCUUGGAGGAAACAUGAAGAAGAUGGAAAACUGUGAAUAUGCUGUUGAGCUGGGCAAGGACAUGAAGUUCUCUCUGGUUGGUGUCGGUGGCAAGGACAUCUUUGAUGGCAAUGAGACUUUGACACUGGCGGUGGUUUGGCAGCUGAUGCGUGCCUACACCCUGGCCCUGCUGCAGAACCUGAAGGGAUCCGAGGGACCAAUCAAAGACAAGGAGAUUGUUGACUGGGUUAACACCACUCUACAAGAGGCUGGGAAGGAGACGUCUCUCAGCAGCUUCCAGGACCCAGAGAUCAGCAGCAGCCGGGUGGUGCUGGACCUUAUCGACGCCAUCAAGCCGGGAUCCGUCAACUACACCAACGUUCGUGACGGCACCAAUCCAGACGAGAGGUUGUCCAACGCCAAGUACGCCAUCUCCAUGGCCAGAAAGAUCGGAGCUCGCGUGUACGCCCUGCCGGAAGACCUGGUGGAAGUCAAGCCAAAGAUGGUGUUAACAGUGUUCGCUUGUCUCAUGGGGAGGGGGCUGAAGAAGGUUUAAAAUGGAAACACUCUGGAGGUGUUAACAGUGUUUGCUUGUCUCAUGGGGAGGGGGCUGAAGAAGGUUUAAAAUGGAACCACUCUGGAGGUGUUAACAGUGUUCGCAUGUCUCAUGGGGAGGGGGCUGAAGAAGGUUUAAAAUGGAAC